CGAGCACCGAGACAAAAACAGGGAGUUUCCAUCAUCAUUUCCAUCCUUGUUCACACAGGUGAUUAACUAGUUUGGAUGGUUGACCGCCUGCUGUGUAAUAUGGUCUCCUUGAUCUAACUGACCAUCAAGAAGAUGCUGACACUCAACUUAACACAAAAAGUGACCACUCAACCUACUCUUUGAAGUAAUUGGAGCCUGAUCUUAUGAGGACACUGGGUUUCUCUUGCAGCUGUGCUAUGGUAAAAAGUCCAGCUGAGCUGUCCCUGAGGCAGAGCUAUGGGCUGUGGGGGCAGCAGGACUGACGCUCUGGAGCCUCGAUACCUGGAGAGCUGGACCAAGGAGACUGAGUCUACGUGGCUGACGAGCACAGACACUGAUAUCCCCCUGUCGUCCAUCCAGAGCAUCCCUUCUGAGAACUCGGAGGCCGGCUCCACCUCUGAGAAAACAAUCAGCCCUGAUUUCUUUGAGGACAGCCUCCCUCUACCUGCUCAGGCUUACCUGAAGGUCUGUUCAGCCGUGUCAGAAGCAAGUCUGAACGACGCGAAGCCCAGCAGCCCCCCUGCAAUACUGGGCUCUCCAACCAAGGAGGCCGUGUUACCGUCAUCUGGCACCACAGUGCAGCGCAGAAGUGUUCUACACACUGAAGAGAUUACAAAAUGGCAGGACAAUCGGAUGUCGACCAAGCAGGUAACCAUCACAGUGACACAGAGCAUCCAUCAGGUGGACAAGAACGGGAAGGUGAAGAAGUCCCUCACCACCUACGAGGUUAUGAAACCUGUGGAAACCCUCAAACAGGUGGCCACACUAAACACUUGAGCGCAAGGGACACUGGGAGAAGCCAAAGAAAAACUGUGAAAUAAGUGAAGCGAUUGUGUAUUUGUGGAAAAAUCUUUACGGUCUGAUGGCUGACGAAAGCACAGCAAGGAUGCGUGACUCUGCUCUGAGACUAUAAACUGUACAAUUUAGAUUGUCAUAUUGAAAACAUGUUUCUUUUAAAAAAAGACCUUCAACUAGGCCAUAAUGUAUUUAAUACUGUAAGAUCUAUUUCUAGGGUGCCUGAGUUUGACUUUACUUUGACACGUUGAAGACAUUGACAUGUAAAACUGUAGGUUGGUCAGAGAAAAUACAAAACAUACAUUUUACACUACACACAGUGUCAGGCCAAAAAUAAAUGAAAAAUUCAUAGUAUUCUGUAUUCAGCAAAAAGCAAGAAAAAAGCAUUUUUAAUCCCAACUUAUAAGACGCUUUUAGGAUAAAUAUGUGUGUAAAUCUAUUAUUAAAGUAUUAUUUCACUUCAUUGAAUAUUUACAAAUGAUAAAUAUUUUGCAGUUUUGUUAUUUGACAUGUAGCUGCUGCUGUGCUACAAUCUGUAUGGCUCAGGAAACAGAAACUGGCUGAUGAUUGCACUAUUUACAGUGAAGCCUUGGACAGGAGUUUGU